AUGCAUCGGCAGAAAGACAACUCUAUCCUAUCCCAGUUUGAAGUUACGGGUUCCGUCGCAAGAAGUGAUGAUAAGCACAAAAUUGAAGUUGAACUGUGUGAAAAGGCUGACUUUGUCGUUGGAGUUGGGCCAAAGUUGGGUGAAGAAAACAACAAGCUGUCAACAGAGUUAGACAAGGAGUCUAAAGAGGUAGAGUCUGACGUGCAACAGAUGAAAAUAGAAAUGGAUGACUCACAAGUGAAACUCAAAGACACUUCUAUUGAAUUGGGAAAAACGCAGGCCAGGAACAAGACCUUGGAGAAACAUGAACAAGAGUUAUCUCUAGAAAGUUCUACACCCUCCCAGGAGCUUACUCUUGCUGUGGAAGAUGUUACUCAUGCAAAGACUUGUCAAGAGUCAUCAACACAGACUUAUGACACUGCGUUUAUUCCAUGUGAAGCUUGUGCUAGAACACAACAAAAUCUUAUUGAAGUUGGUAACAUGGUGAUUAAAGUAUGUGAAUCUCAAGGACUUCCAUCUUCACUGGCAAAGCAGAAAAAACUCUUGCGGCAAUCCUUGAUGGCUGCAGCUGAUUUAUCAAGGUGGGCAUCUGAACAAAGCCAAGAUCUUGCUAGAAUUACUGAUCACUUAGAUAAUUUAUAUGCACAGAUAAAUCCACUGGAAGAUAAACUUAGUAGGUCAAAACAAGUUUGUGCACAACUGGAAAAGGAAAUUCAAGAUCUGGAAAAGCAGUUGUUGGAUAAGGACAGUGAAGGUGAAAAGAAGGAGGUAGACCUCAAAGAGAAGCUUAAACAAGUUGUUGCCGAGAAAGAUCUGUUGCUAACUGAUGCAGAACAAUUGAACAAUGACCUUAUGAAGGGAAAAGAUGUCCUUCAGGGUAUGGAGUUCAAACUGGCUCAAAUGCUCGAGAAAAUAUCUCCAAGGAGAGCGUACAAGAACCUGUUGCCUUGUGGAAACAACACAGUGACGAACCUGGACUAAUGGAACAACAGAAGGAUUUACUUAGGAGGUCUCCUGUUUAGAAUUUUUAUGAAGAAAACCCAAAUGUUUCUCAUAAGCGCCCAGCUUAUGCCAACCAAGAUUUGGAUCAUGAUAUCCAUAAAUCUUUUUGCUAUGGUGCAGUGAAUGAAAACUACACAUGACCAACUGAACGUUACGAUAUCAUUCAAUACGUCCAAAUAAUUUGU